UUCUUCUUUCUGAAGCAAACGAAAAAAAAACCAUUUCUACGUUGUAGCUGUGACCUUCUGAAAGUAAGGCGAAAAUGAGUCUGGAGAGAUUGCAGAGGAUUUUCUCUGGUGCAAGUGGAAUGGGGCAUCCUCCUCCUGAUUCUCCUCUUCUCGACUCCUCUGAGCAGGUUUACAUUUCCUCUCUUGCCCUCCUCAAGAUGCUCAAGCACGGGAGAGCCGGAGUUCCGAUGGAAGUCAUGGGUUUGAUGCUUGGUGAGUUUGUCGACGAGUACACUGUCCGUGUUGUGGAUGUUUUCGCGAUGCCACAGAGUGGUACUGGUGUUAGUGUUGAGGCGGUUGAUCAUGUCUUCCAAACCAACAUGCUCGAUAUGCUGAAGCAAACUGGCAGACCAGAGAUGGUUGUAGGCUGGUAUCAUUCACAUCCAGGUUUUGGCUGCUGGCUUUCUGGGGUAGACAUAAACACCCAGCAGAGCUUUGAAGCUCUAAAUCAAAGAGCUGUCGCAGUAGUGGUAGAUCCAAUUCAGAGUGUGAAAGGGAAGGUGGUCAUUGAUGCCUUCCGCUUGAUCAACCCACAGACCAUGAUGCUUGGCCAAGAACCUCGCCAGACAACUUCCAACCUUGGGCAUCUAAACAAGCCAUCUAUUCAGGCCUUGAUCCAUGGGUUGAACCGGCAUUACUACUCAAUUGCUAUCAACUAUAGGAAGAAUGAACUUGAGGAAAAAAUGUUACUGAACCUACACAAAAAGAAAUGGACCGAUGGCUUGACAUUACAACGGUUCGAUGUACACUCCAAAACCAAUGAACAGACUGUGCAGGAGAUGCUGAACCUGGCCAUUAAGUACAACAAGGCAGUUCAGGAAGAGGAUGAGCUGCCCCCUGAAAAGCUUGCUAUUGCAAAUGUAGGCAGACAGGAUGCGAAGAAGCACUUGGAAGAGCACGUAUCCAACUUGAUGUCAUCAAAUAUCGUCCAGACUCUAGGGACCAUGCUAGAUACAGUUGUAUUCUAAGAAAGCAGUUCCAUUUCCUGGAUAGCAUGGUGAUUCCUUUUGGAUUUGUGUCCUGAUAUGGCCGCUUGUUGUAUGACCCCAUGAAUCACCAGAGUCGAAGAAAAUCAUUGAUCAAAUGGUACCAGAUUGUUCAGUUUCACCAUGCAAUUCAUUUGUGAAGUGUUCAAACUAGGAGAUUAAGUGAGCUUGUAUUUUUUAGCCCCCAUAUACUCUUCAUCAGGUUCUAGAUUUU